AUGUUUUCACAAAAAAAACCGUACUCGGCCGUGACCGUCGCCAUAGAACGGCUCACAAGCGAGCAGUUUGAAGAGGAUGACUUUAGUGGCAUUCCGGAUCUCGUAGAGGUCAUCAAACUGCAGGCAUCUGGUCCCGCUGAAGCUGCUCGGGCCAUUAGAAAGAAGCUCAAGUAUGGAAAUGUGCAUCGCCAGCUUCGUGCCUUGACCCUGCUUGACGGCUUGAUCCAGAAUGCUGGGCCACGUUUUCAGCGUGCAUUUGUCGAUGAGCCACUCCUCGAGCGUUUGAGGGUCUGUGGUACCUCUGAUCUCUCCGAUACAGAGGUUAGAAAGAAGUGUUCAGAGCUAUUCAGGAGUUGGGCUGCCGAGUACAAGAGCACGCCUGGUCUGGAACGUAUUGCAGCGCUAUACAAGGAACUCCCCCGACGAAAGCAAGUCGUAACUCAGGACAAGUCCAAGGUUUUGAAGGAGACGGAGAACCCUUUCCAUGAUUCUGAGGACGAGGCCGAGGCAGCACCCAAGUCACAGUCUCCCCCUCCAGCGGCAUCCUCAUCCCAACAAGUUCCUGUCACCUAUCCCCAGCCUACACAGACAGUCCAGUCUUUCAGCCACACCAAAUCGUCCUCAAGAUCCGGCUCCUCCUUUUUCGGCUCUUCCAAGGACAAGGACAAGAAGAAGGAUAAGCACAAGAAGAAAUCCAGGCCAUUCAACCUCGAGGCCGAGAAGGCUUCAAUGAAAGUGGCUGUAGCCGAGGCUUCUAUCGCUUCAACUAAUCUGAUGAACUCUCUCCAGAGUAUCAAUCGUGAGAAGGAACGAAUUUCCGAGAAUGCAGCUGCAGUGCAGCGUUUUGAAGCUUGCAAGAAGCUUAGAAGAAAGAUUGUCCGAUACAUCUAUCACGUCGAAGACGAACAGUGGCUCGGUGGUCUUUUACACGCCAACGAUGAGCUCAUACUCGCUCUCAUGACCUUUGAACAAUUGGACCGCUCGAUUGAUGCAGACAGUGAUUCGGAAGAUGAGCUGGCAGAACAAGCCCACCUCUACAGAAUGGCAACCGAGAAGGGAAAACAAGCCAUGUCACCAACCGAGAGUGCCAACCCUGGCAGUCCUGUUCCAGAGAUGGACAACCUAAGCAUCAAUCCCACCCUGCCUCCUCGACCUGCGGCCCCACCAAGACCCUCGGCCGCGUCCAAGUCGGCAUUCACGCCUGCUCCCCAGGCUGCAGUUGAUGCAGAGGAAUCUGAGGAAUCCGAGGAUGAAAACGAUCCAUUCGCUGACAGGAAUGCCUUGUAA